GAAUAUAGCGCAGAUUGAUCCGAUCUUCAUGGAGAUGUCUUUGAAAACAAAUAUAUAAAUCUGUUUCAAAAGUGUACGAAAUCAGGUACCCUCACUCUACGUAGCAACGGCCUUGACUUCCAAUGUGUAUUUGGACUGUUUUACCAGAAGUGACACCGAGUGGCACGGUAAAGUAUUGUAUUGCUAAUCUGCUUACGUAGCAGAUACUACUUAAGGUUUGGGGUUCAUUGCUAUCGUCACAAUGGCUGAAAAUACAGCAAUAGAAAAGCACAUCAACACUUUUGUAUCAAAAUUUAAUGGAGACAAAAACGUGAUCAGUCUGAAGAUUGACGGUGUAACAAUAACAGCUUUCUUUUCAACUGGUACACUGAUGAUGCAGGGGAACCUUGUGAGGGAGUGGUUCACCGAACGAUUUGAGGACAUCCUGAGGAAUUACGAUGCCCCAGAUGGUCCAUCCCAACCUGUACUUGCCAUGUCCACACAGUAUGAAAAUCAACGGGAAAGCCUUCUGGAUAAGAAAGCUGCUGGAAUGAUGCCACCAAUGCGACCUAAAAGAAGAGCGGCCCAGCGUUCUGCACUAGUAACACAGCAAACCCACAACAAUAGUGAGGAGGAGGAGGAGGAGGAGGAGGAGGAGGAGGAGGAGGAGGUCCCACUGCCCGGAACUAGUCAACUUUCAGAGGAAAGUUUUCCACACAAUCCACCAGCAAAUCGAAGCAAAAUUCAAACAAUAACGCCGCUGGAGCCUUUGCAGUUGACCAGGUUGAUGUCUUGAGCAAGACACUACAAAAGCUGAAUUUGCAGGAGGAGAAGGAACCACUACACAAAAAGUUGGAGGGUCUACGACAAGGACGUGUUCUGGACGGUUGUAACGAUGUCUAUCCACUAUGGAAAGAAUUGUUGGACUUCUGGUUCAGUAACCAGACCAACAAAGUUUAUAUAGUUACACCUUUCCUAGACACCCGCAGAUUAUUGGACAUACUCAGUUCAGUCCGUAAACACAAAUCAUCUGAAUGCUUGGAAGGCUUAUAUGUACGCGAGGCUUGUGAUAAGAAACGAAAGAUAUCACAAAUUUUUAAAGAAGCAAAAAAACCUGAAAUCCAAGGAUAAAGUCACUAUACUGGAGAAAGCUCACGAAAGAGUUAAGAUUUCACGACGAAAAUAUUUCCACGCAAAAUUCAUGGCAUGUGUAAAUAAAGGACAAGUAGAAGUCAUGGUGACCAGUGCAAACUUCCACCGUUACCACUUUGACUGCCACAACAUGGACAGUGUUAUAUUUCUGACUAUGUCUGAGACAGAGUUCGUUGACAGAUACCUAAGUGCCAUUACUAAGCAGGUAGCUUCAUGAGUUAACAUAUACAUCAGGAGUUGUAUCCCCAACAGAUCAAUGUCUCUUGUUGUAACAGCUUCAUUAUAUUCUUCGAAGUAAUUGUAAGGCUUUAUUUUUCUAAUUUAACUAAUUGGUGUAGAUUUUCUGGAUAAUGAAAGUAAACUGUUACUGAUUUUGAAUCAUUAUACUUAAGUUUUGGUGUUUCUACUUUAAUGUGUAUGUGCUUAUGUUUAUAUACAUUGUGUAUAUAUUACGUUUUAUUAGGUAUAAUAUCGCUGUGUUAUUGGUUUAAAAAAAACGGUCUGAGUAUUUUGAUUUAUUGUAUAUUAUUAAUAUUACCCCUAUUAACUGUGUUAGAUAAACAGAUUUUGAUUAUUAUUUCAAGAUUCGCUUAUCCCGUUAUUCCUACCUAACUAAUAGGUCCAUAUAGCACUGUCGGCUCCCCUUCCUUUACCCCCGCUAACCUUGUAGGGUUUUACGCCGAAUGAGCGAAAGGACCUAUUUUAUGGGUCGUAUUAUACAGUUUAUAGUGGUAAUACAGUUUUAUCCUAAUUUUAAUCCGUCGUUUAGGCUUUGUACAGUCUAAAAACGGCGUACCGCUUCAGAUUGUACAUCGCCCCCAGGCGGUACAUAUAUAUGUAUAGACGUUUUGAUAGUUACCCGUCCGCCAUCUUUGAUCCGGGUGAUUUGCGGACGGUCAGAGGUCAAGUGGUUAAACUUCACAGACGAUCACAUGUGCAAUGCAUGGUGCCGACUCGUUCAAACAGCAUCCUGUCGUUUCAGACACUGUUACAUCUAGUCGUGUAAGGUCUAUAACUUUUCUACUGUCAUGCACGAUAUUCCUAUUGAUAUUUCACACAAUUUGGCUGUAAAAUUUAAGCAGGGAGAUCCACGGUUAUAUGUGUAAUAAUAUGGUAUUUUUUCUUCAACCUUGGUUUCUGAAUUAGCCAGAUGUUUAAUCAUCAAAUCUUGAGAAAGCUAAAAUGGCAUAGUUAUCUCGAAUAGAAAAUGUUGCGAUCGGUAAUACUCCAUAAUGUUCAGUUGUCAUUCAUGUAUUGUAAUGUUAACCAGCUGGUACACGUCAUGUGUAGUGUUUGUGAAUAUGUUGUAAUAUUCGAUUUUGACAAUUUUACAAAUUUCCAUCAAAUUUUGCAUCCACGCAACGACUUGUGUAAGAGAACACCAGAAUUAUCUGCAUAUUCACUUUUGAACAUGGUAGGCAUAUAUGGAACAGGUUAGAAAUUAAACAGUUUGAAAAUUCAGAGUUUGUACUAAUAACUUGUUCAAUAUUUGUUAAAAACUGGUGCAGCAGGUGUGCACAUAUGUAGCAAAACUGGUAUGGGUUGAUCGUUGGCGACAAGGAACAGUGUAGCUUAAUUGGUAGAGCAUCUGUCUAGAGUUUAGUAGUUCAAACCCUGGUCUGGUCGUUUCGUUUCUCUUUUUCCUAUUACAAAAUUGCCAAGCUUGCCAAACCUUCCUCAAGCACUGAGUCAAUGCUAAGCAGGGAUAUCUGAUCCAGAGUUGUAAAUAGUAUCAUAUUCAGGGGCGAACACUUUGAGAAAGGAGGGAGGAAUGUAGUAUAACUGAACUGGGUUGAUCAAUGAAGACCAGGUAGCUCAAUUGUUAGAGCAUAUGUCCACAGUUCAGAAGGUCCCGGGUUCAAACCCUGGUCUCGCUGUUGCAUUUCUCUUUAUCCUGUUACAUAUGUUCUAGAGGGAAUUAUUAGAGCAGCACAAGUUGAACGGUUUAAACCCUGAUGUUCUCAACACUUUUGUUCUGCUACACUAGAUAGUUGACAGUAUAUGCCUUCAUAAAGUUGAGCCUCAUUAUUUUAAACAAUGCAAUAUGCAUGGAUAACAAGCAUAGACAUGAACAAGAUAACAUAUUCUUUAUGCAAAGAACUUUGGUAUAUUUCUACAACUUUCAUCUAGUUAUUGAGCAUCGCAUUGAAAUCAAAAUAACAAGACUCUGCAGUAAAGGGAUUUUACCAAUGUAAUGUCAUAAGAAAAUUCAAAAAGUAGGAAUACUAUUAUGUACAUAUGCAACUUUAAUAUGCCAAUUGAAAUACCAGUCAUAAGUUGGUAGAAACAAAACUGCUCAUACAACACCAUAAACUGCUCAACAACACCAUGAACUGCAAUGUGUUUAUUCUUAUUCAAAACAGCAAUUCAAUCAUCAUAUAUAUAUAAUAUGAUACUGAAGUUCCAGUACUGUUAUGAAAGGAUGACAGAAUUCAAGAUUAAUAGUUAGCAGUACUUACUUCAAAGUAUUCACAUUCUUGAAGUGUAUAUUAAACUUUAACACUAAACAUGAUAAUUAACUUGUGACCAGUUUAUAGAAUCCAGAAUGCUUAUAUACAGCUAUUUUGAACUAACUUGUAACAAACCUUUCUGUACAAAAUAAUAAAUACAUUUCUGUA